UUGGGCUGAGAGACUGCUCCGGCAGCCAAUAGCGGCCGGGAGGGGGCGGGACCGGCUGGGUCUGCUGCUGCAGCGGCGGGGCUCGCAGGUGUCCGGUCUGGUUGGCACCCCCAGCCUGCCAAGCAUGAAGCUCCUAUGUUUGGUGGCCGUGGUCGGGUGCUUGCUGGUGCCCCCAGCUCAAGCCAACAAGGUGAGGGAGAGCUCUGAAGAUAUCCGUUGCAAAUGCAUCUGUCCACCAUAUAGAAACAUCAGUGGGCACAUUUACAACCAGAAUGUGUCACAGAAGGACUGCAACUGCCUGCACGUGGUGGAGCCCAUGCCGGUGCCCGGCCACGACGUGGAGGCCUACUGUCUGCUGUGCGAGUGCAAGUAUGAGGAACGCAGCACCACCACCAUCAAGGUUACCAUUGUCAUCUACCUGUCAGUGGUGGGGGCCCUCUUGCUCUACAUGGCCUUCCUGAUGCUGGUGGAUCCUCUCAUUCGAAAGCCGGAUGCAUACACCGAGCAGCUGCACAAUGAGGAGGAGAACGAGGAUGCUCGCUCUGUGGCAGCCGCCACUGCCUCCCUUGGGGGCCCUCGAGCAAACACAGUCCUAGAGCGUGUGGAAGGCGCCCAGCAGCGGUGGAAGCUGCAGGUGCAGGAGCAGCGGAAGACCGUCUUCGAUCGGCACAAGAUGCUCAGCUAGAUGGGCCGACGAGGUUGGGUCAAGGACCAGAGGCCACGGCCGCCAGCUUCUGGGGCUGGAUGGAGCCAGAUGCCCCCUCCCCCCCACUCGGUGCCACCCUUCCCAGGUUUUCUCUUUAGAAGCCCGUGGCCAUUUUCCCUCUCCUCUCUCUUUUUAGGAAAGUCCUAGUCAGCUGAUUGAAUCUGGGAAGAGUGAUGGGGUCCCUGAUCUCUGGUUUGCCUGCUCACAUCUUGGGCUUAAGGGGAGGGGGUGGUGGCCAGAGCAGAGCAGAGACACCUCAGGUGGCCUCAGGAUUGGAACGGUCUGUACCUCCUUACUUCACCCUGGCCACCCUUCCAGCUCCAGAUCUCGGAAUGUUCUUACCCUUCGCAGGAUGGAGCUGGGCCAUCGAGGACUCAGUGUGUGGGAGGAAGGCAGUCAGCAUGUUCUCCUUUCUGCUGUGGUUCUUAUGGCCACCUUCCUCCCAGCUCCAAUACCUCAGUCCCGCUCAGCCUGGUUCCAGCCCUCAGGAUGGUUCUGAUGGGGCAGCUGAUGCCACUGAGCCGCACUGUGUCUUCAGGGCACACCCACCCGCUUGCCCCCACCCCCACUCUCCUGCACUCUUUCCCCAAGGCACGGUGGUGCUGAUGCACCUUGCUCACUCUGCCACCUGGGCCCUCGCCCCCACCUCAGGAGGCCGGGCUGUCCCCCCAUCUCCCCAUGUCUGCACUGAGCCAGUUGGUGGGACCACGUGACCAUGGGCUGAGCAGCGGCUCUAAAUGCUAUAGCUCCUGUCCCUGGAUUUCCACUCGUCUCUGAAUUUCAUUGUACCAGUGCAUGGAGAGAAACGUUUGUCCUUCUGUUGUCUGUACAUCAAGGAAGCCAUCAUUAAAUUGUCUUCUUUCUCUCA